ACCUCCGCCUGCUCGACAUCUCACCAACCCCGCCAUUGCCCCAUACUCCCCGAUCCGCAACGCAACGCCACCAAAAGUUUCGGCCUGAAGAUGGCUCCCGGCCUUGAUUUAACCCCCGACUUCAACCCCCCCACCGCGGGGCAAUCCACAACAACCACGACGACGACAACAUCAACACCAAGCACGGGAAAGCGCACCCUCCUCCUGGCGCCCCCGUCUCUGGCCGCGCGCGAGGACCGCCUCUCGGAGCUGUUCGCCGCCUACCCGCGGGUGACCACCGACCUGCAGAUGCUCGACCGCCUCGCCGCGGGGUUCGUCUCGUUGCCCGCCGCCACCUACGACCUGGUGCUGGUGCUGACCGACCCGGACGGCGCGCGGCGCUCCGAGGCGGCCGCGCUGCUGCGCGACCGCGCCGUCUGGACGAGGCUCGCGCCCGCCGUGCGGGCCGGCGGCCGGGUCAGGAGCGAGGACGGGAGCCUGGGGGUGGGCACUAGCGGUGAGCCCGAGGGUCGGGAGGCGGUCCUGGCGGGGCUGGUCGCCGAUGCCGGGGGGGACGGGUUCGUGAAGCCGGAGUAUGCCGAGGAAGAGGUUGUGCCGCUGCGGCUUGGGGCGGGCAAGAACAACAAGAACAACAAGACAACAACCAACGGGGCGGGCAUCAAGCCGGCCACUGCUCCUGCUCCUGCUCCUGCUGCUGCUAAUGGCAGUAACGGCGCGCCGGCCGGAGUCGGGUUUGUGGAUCUCAGCGACGAUCUCGAGCUGGAUGCCGAGGACGACGACGACGUCAUCGACGAGGAUACACUGCUCACAGAGGAAGACCUGCGGCGGCCGAUUGAGCAGCCACCCGAGUGCCGGCCCCAGCCGGGCAAGAAGAGACGGGCAUGCAAGGACUGCACAUGUGGUCUCGCGGCAAGGCUGGAAUCCGAGGACAAGGCGCGGCGCGCCAAGGCCGACAGCAAGUUGAACACGCUGAAGCUCAAGUCAGAGGACCUGAACGAGCUCGACUUCACGGUCCAGGGCAAGACGGGAUCCUGCGGUAGCUGCUACCUUGGGGACGCCUUCCGGUGCUCCGACUGCCCCUACAUCGGCCUACCCGCAUUCAAACCGGGAGAGGAGGUCAAGAUCUUGAACAACACUGUCCAGCUGUAAGAGAAUGGGCAGCCGUUCAUGCUCAGCAGCAGACACAGUUGAAGGGAAUGGCGAUAUCUUGAGGUCAUUCGAGGCGUCACUCGCCAAUACGAAACAAAAGUGGCGUAAAGUGACGAAGGAUUGGUCGGGUGUGAAGCAACGUAAUUUGACGUGCUUCCAUCCAUGCCGAGAGUGCAGGACGGCCGGCGGUAUGC